AUGGGAUUUUCUGUUUGUCAUGCGAUUGAUCAAUCUAUCACUAUUUGUGGUUCUGUUAAUGGUAUUGAUCUGGCUGUUACUGCUGUUUAUGGUUCAAAUGAGGGAAUUGCAAGGAGACGGCUUUGGGAGCAUCUUAAGCUCUUGGAGGGUCUUGUGGGGCAGUUGCCUUGGGCUGUUGGUGGUAAUUAUAAUGAAAGAGAUUUGCCUGCAACUCAGGUUAUUCAUCAGAAACCAAAAACGACCUUGGAUGAAAUAACUAAAGAGCUUUGCCCGGUACUAAGCAUACAACAAUUGUACCGAAUCAGCACAAUGUAUUGGGACGACAAAUAUGGAACAAAUAGUGUGUCAUCAGAUGUCAUCGCAAAAAUGAGAGUUAUGAUGACCGAGGACUCCAACAAUGCCGUUAGUAGUUCAUUCCUACUAGACGACGACUCAAGCAUACCGUUUACGGUGGACUACAUCUCCAAGUCCCUGCAACAAGUUGACAUAGCCGAUGUCGAACCUCCAUCGUUGAUUCGAGGAAACUCCGGGUUCGGUUUCUUACUUCCACGUUCAGAUUGAUCACUGUACUCA